UUCGAAUAUUGUAAGAGUGAUUGAUGAAAAAAAACAACGGUUUGGUUUGCGAGAUGGGUUCGGAAAGCGGGUAAAGACUAAUUACAUUUGAGGUAUCUGAUAAUUCUGGUAUGGCUGGGAAGGGAGAGGAACUUGUGUAUAAAUGGGAGAAAGGGGCCCAACGUCAGCCACUAGAACCACUGUCCCAAUAUCUCACCUUGGGAUCAUCAUAUUGAUUCCAUUUCUAGUUUCUAAACUCUCUCUUCCAAGAUCUCACUCCCAACCCAUUUCUGUAUACAGUUUCUAAAUCAUCUAACUAUAAAAGCUCAAAUUGUAAGUCUCUCUCUUUCUCUCUCUGGUUGUGGGUAUGUGCGUGUGUGUGUUUGUGCUUUAUUUGUAUUACAAACAUCUGUUCUUGCUGGGGAGUCUUGAAAUUUUUUGUGGCAAAAGAAAACGAUCUGUUUCGAUUUAUUUAUUUCAAUUCUACAGCUGUAUUUUCUGGGUUUUAAUUGGUUGGGUGAAUAAAUAAUUAUAAGUUUAAAUUCUUUUCUUCUUCUCCUUCUUGAUUUGGUUCUGAUCUCCCUACUUUGAUCAUUUUGGGCACUUUUGCUGGUUUAUUUGUGUUGGAUCUUCCAAUUGGAAAUGGUUCGAUAUUGGCUGUUUGUUUCUUUAUUCAUUGAUGGAUUUGAAGUCUGAACACACUGAUACUGUCUGCCAUAUGUUUGAUUCUAUUUUCAAGAACUAAAAUCCCUCCCCCCCCCCUCCGGGGCGCCCCACCUCCACCAUAAAAGAAGAACAACAGAAGAGAUCAAAAACAAGUUGAAUUACUAGAAAUGGAAUCGGAAUUUUUUUUUUUUUCAAUUUUGAAGAACAGCAAAAUUGGUAUGAAAGUUUCAACUUGUAGUUUGUGUUUUUCAUAGAACUUGGAUUAACUGGGUUUUGAUUGUUAUUGUUUUUGCCAAACGAAAUUGGGUUUUGGAAUGUGGACAUGUUCUACCAUAAGUACGUGGAGUUCUGUAUCACCAUAUUUUCUAAUUAAUCCUGGCAGACCUGCUCUGCUUGCCUAACAUCAACAGGAGGCAUCUAUAUAUCUGAAGUUCUAGGGAAAAUUCUGAUCUUAACCAUAUCAACAUUAUUACAAUGGAAAGCAGCUCUUUUGAAUUGAAAAAAAGUUGGAUUUUUGCUUUGAACAAAAAAGUUGGAUAAAUGACUGAUGUUGUGUCUAUUUUAUUUCUUUUUCUGCACUUAUUGUUGCGUUUUCUUUGCAGAUCGAUUGUGUUCGAGGAUUUUUACUCCCAUUACUUUGCUUAGUUUUAGGACUCCACCUCCGGAAAAAAGGUUCCAAAUCGAAUAUGGGUCUGUCACCUUAUUCAACUCCAGCUGACGCAGGAGUGCUAUGCGUACUCUUGGUAAAUACAGCCAUUUCCAUCUGCAUUGUCAAGGAGAUAGUCCGGUCAAUCCUUCACGUGGUUGGCAUACGUAUUGCGUCAUGGGACGAGUAUUCGCUUGAUAGUCCCUCAAACUCGAUUGAAUGCCGUGGAUGCCCCUCAGAAUCCUACAUGGAGGAGUUCAAGAACAGGACCCCAGCAAUUCGGUUUGAUGCGGUGUCUGGCUGUAACCGGCCUGAACAAGAGUGUUCCGUUUGCUUGACAGAGUUCAAACCAGAUGCAAAGAUAAACCACCUGUCUUGUGGCCAUGUGUUCCAUAAAUCAUGCCUAGAGAAAUGGUUGAAGUAUUGGAAUGUCACAUGCCCUCUUUGCAGGAAUUGCAUGAUGACUCAAGAAGAAGAGGAUAGUUGUCCAAUGUGAGCAGCUUCUUCAGGAAUGGUCCUCGAAGAAAUUUCAGUGUACAGCAUAGUAGUGGGCAGGAAAUCUACAUGAAUGCUUUUUUUUUUUUUAAACCUAUGUUUAUGCCAGUGUUUUGCGUCCCCUUGCGGUGAUGGGUCUCGUGACCAAAACUGAUAUUGUACAUAUUGGGAAGGAUUUUGAUGUUCUAUGCACCUAUCUUGGGUAUUUGGUUUAUGAAAAAUCUCCUUUUUCCUCCAAAUGCCUAGAGAGUAUAUUUGCUGCUUUGUUUGAAACCCUAU